UGGACUCUGGAGUUUGGACCAUCCACCGGCCACCGCGCCGUCCGCCCGCCGGCGAUAGCAUCUGCCGACAAUGGCCACCGCCGCAACCGCCAAAAUCCUUCCGUUCCUCACCACCACCACUCUCCAAUCCUCGCUUCGCUGCCGACACGCAGCACGGCGGGUCCCAACCUCGCCGCUCCACGCCGAACACCGCGCUCCCGCGGUCGCGUCCUCUGCUCGCCUCGGCGGAACCCGCAGGACUCAGGCUGCCCAGCCCGUCCUUCCACCCCGCGUGGCCGCUUCGUACUCCACGGCGACCGCGGCGGAAGAUAUGUCUGACCCGGAGCUGAGGCUGGUGCUCGAGCUCGCCACCGACGAGGAGCUGCUGGAAUUUGAGGAGAUACUCUACGGCACCAGUUAUCUCAGCCCAGUGAUAAAAUCAAUCGCAAAAAGGCCGAACUCUGUUUCUGUUGUUGCUCUGGAUGAUAUCGAGGAGAGAGAUGUUUUCAUCUCAAAAUUAGAGUCCAGGUUCUUGUAUCUUGCUGCAGAUGCCCGCUCAAUUAUAAGGUCAGUGCAGUAUUUUUUCCUCUCUCGAAUAGAAAUGUUGUCCUGAUAGAUUCGUUACCAUGUGUACUCAAUCUGACAUAGUUCUCCACCUCUUUUCAUGUUCUGCACCUGUACUAUCGUUCUUCAUAGGGGCCGGAGACCAUCAUACAGGAAUGUCUUACUUCAAGUAAGAAAAGAACUUGGUGUCCAAUGCUCCAGUAAAUUAUGUACUGCGGACCUGGAGGCAGAAAUAUUUCUACAUCUCCUGGAUGAAUAUUCAAGCCGCCAGAAGGGAUCACUCUCAUUUCCAUGGGAUAAACAGAGAUCUCCGAAUGAAAAACCCAGAUGUGAAGUAAAUAACUGGAAGGUGCUUACUGACGCUGCUUGGAGGAUUGGGUCAAAGGGACUAGAAAGUACAUUCUUGAAGGGUGGGAGUGCAUUGACAGUGAAAACAAUCUAUGAAUCGUUAGCCAAGAGACUGUCUGGAAAGCUGCUGAUGGAGACAGCUAAUUAUGAGAUAAAGAAAGAACUUGUUAAGCAGGGUGGCCGAUUAGCUGCUGUUAACCUUGAAUCUAGAGUUGGCUUGCUUGCAGCUGAACAGGGUUUGGCUCGUGCAGCUUCUAGAUAUGUUGGUCUUAGGAGUUUCAUGACUUUACUUGGACCAAUAAUGUGGGGCACACUCUUGGCUGAUAUUGUGAUUCAGAUGCUCGGGACCGAUUAUGCUAGGAUCGUGCAGGCAAUCUAUGCGUUUGCUCAGAUUCGGCUCACUCGGUCGUGUUACAUGGAGUCUCGUGAAGAAUGACAAGAGAACAUCAUUGGACAAGCCCAAGUGAGCUUCUGACAUUGUGCAUCAUUACUGCUCCAUAGUGUACAUUAUUGAUCAUGCAGAUCAAAAUCUGGUGCAGUAGUUCACGUUAACCCCUGCAGCUCUUGGUAGUGCAUAGAUAACAGAGCAAUUGGUAGAUAUCAAGGACAGAGAAGAAUAACAGCUAUGGGUUCAUGCCUUUGAGUUUCAGAAGGCACAUAGCUGCUUUAUGUGUGAGAACACGGUGUAAAUCUUAGGAAAAAAAUAACAGUUUCAGGAUUAAAAUGGUAUGAUGGUACUUAACAAAUAGCUCACGGUGGCCAUUUGGGCCACCUACUCUGUGAAGGCGGUAGUUGUGGAUGAAUAUACAUCCGCUUCACACUUCCACGGGGUGCCGAAGUUAUAGACCAUGCGUUCCAUUCUGUGCUAGCUAAACAAUUGUGAAAAAGCGGUUCCCUGAUCUUAAACUACUGCACCCUACCAUUCAGUUAGGCAAGGCAUACUUCGUUGAGCUUACUUCAUGCUUAUACCAUUCAUCUGUAUCUUAUAGAUAUCCUCGCACCGCA